CAUUUGUCCUUAAUGGGAAAAUACAAAUAUAUCAGGCUAGUUAUAUAGCAAGUUAGUCGAAUAAGAGUGGGAACUAAGUAUAAAAGUAUCGUGAUAAAAUGCACGUGAUCAAUAACCUUAACCUUAGCGGAUAUAAUUUGAUUAAUCCACAGUUUAUUAAUGAUUAUUACACUGUUUAGGGUCUAAUUAUCAGUAAGGAUGUCCAUAAACUUCUUUAAAGGCCACCCUACUCGAAGUUUAUUGCCAGUGCAGGCCAUUGCCAAUGCAUACAACAAAGUAUUACUCGAUAGUGAUUAUCUCUCGUACGAGACUGAUCCAUUGAAUCAACAUCCUUUACAAUAUGGAACUGAUCCUGGAAAUUAUGAUGUGAGAAAGUCUAUAGCUCAAUGGACAGAUAAGCGAUUUGGUAGAACAAGCAGUGGUAAUGGUAAAGGUACUGAUCCUGAUACCAUUAAUUUAACUGCUGGUGCAUCAUAUGGGGUAGCCAAUAUCCUUACCUCGGUAACAGAAGCUUCAACUGUAACUAAGAGAGCAUUUAUUGUAACUCCAACUUAUUAUUUAAUUACCAGUUCAUUUCUUGAUACGGGAUUUGAAGGAAAAUUAACUGCUAUCAACGAAACUCCCGAUGAAGAGUACGAAAUCGAUUUAAAGACAUUAGAAGAAAAGUUGAUUGAGUACGGUCACGGAUUGGAGUCUAGUGAAGGUAAAGAAAUUAAUAUUAUAAGGGAUCCUGUUAGAGGAGAUAGAAAGUUAUAUAGAUUCGUUCUUUAUAUUGUUCCCACAUUUUCUAAUCCUGGUGGGUUGAGUUAUUCAGAGAAAACAAGAGUUAAAUUGAUAGAAAUUGCUCGGAAAUAUGAUUUAUUAGUUAUCAGUGAUGAUGUCUAUGAAUUCUUGGAUUAUACUGAUAGUAAGUAUCCUAUUCCUCGAUUAGUACAUUUAGAUCAGGAUACAUUACCUCCUUAUAAGAAGUAUGGUAAUACCAUUUCAAAUGGUACAUUCUCUAAAUUGAUAGCUCCUGGAUUAAGAGUUGGUUGGCAAGAAACUCCUACUACCAAAUUUGCUGAUCAAUUGGCUAUUACUGGAGCCAAUAGAUCAGGUGGAACUCCGGGACAAUUGGCUUCAUUAGUGGUUCAACAUCUCAUCAAUGAUGGAGAGUUAGAUAAAAUCAUCCUCGAUUUCGUUAAGGUAUACAAAUCAAGAUCAAUUGCCAUCCAGGAAAGUAUUAAGAAAUAUCUUCCUAAAUCCACUAGAGUAUUGGGUGGCCAAGGGGGUUACUUUUUGUGGGUCACUAUUCCUGGUAUAGAAGAUCAUACUUUAAUAGUUAAAGAAUUAGCCAAAAAUGGUGUCACAUUAGCUGGAGGAGAAAAUUUCGAAGUUGCAGGUGAUACAAGAGAUUGGGGUAGAAAUAGUGUUAGACUUUCCUUAAGUUAUCUUCCUGAAGAAGAGUUACGUUUGGGUAUAAAACUUUGGGGAAAAGUGUUACAGGAGAAACAUCCUGAACUUUAUUAACAAUAAUAGACCUAUUAGAAUUAGUUAGUAUAAGACUCAAUAAAUAUACAAAUGUAUAAAUACAUUCACUCCAUUCUUAUGAUUAUAUCUCAGCGUAGAUCUUGGUGUAAACUUUUUGUCUUCUCAUGUAUUAUCGAUAAAGGCGAAGUGUUGUCAUCUUGUAAAACCAUAAGAAAAGAGUCAAUGCAUGUUGAUACUGUUACAUACCAUUUGACAUGUGACAGCAGUCCAUCUGACUGCCAUUUCCUCA